CAGUAGAUGGCGACACCCAACAGUCAGUAAGGUAAAAGAAGAAGAAAAACACAACAUGGCGCACACUGUUGCAGGGUGGCUUCGACGUUUGUGAUUGACAGCAUUUUUUAAUAUCAUCUUCCAAUACAUCUGUACAUGAAGAACGACCACUCUGCUUAUAAUAAGCAGAACAUCCAGAUGCAGCACAGGAGCAACAACUAAGCAAGCCAAAAAAAACUGAAUCACAGUUCCGCAGCCUUCUUUCUACUGGCCAGUGCAGGUUUGGGUGUGCCUCAUGUCACACUGGCAAAGGAGACAGGAAAGGGCUUGUCGCUCGGUGGAGCACCAAGGCUGAACCACCUCAGAAUGAGUCAAGCGUCCACACUGUGAAGGCUGACGGGUCCAGAGUCCUUAUAAAAGCCUCAAGUGUGCAGUGAUCAUAUUUGUACCUCACAACGCUGACAGAAAUCUGUCUGGUGGAUUUGGCUUGUUGAGGAACAUGUGGUGUGGCUUCUGUUAUGGAGUCAAAGGAUAAAAAGCAGGAGGAAGAGCCUGUUACUUUGGGCUUGUUGACUCACCAGGCUUUAGGAAGACUCAAGGAUCAGCUCAGCGACCUAUUGGACCAAUACCAGAAAACUACAUGCAGGCGGACAUCUGCUCAGGAAAACUGGGUAAAUAGUUUCCUUUACCAUGGCAACCGCCACUCCUGUCUGCACUGGCCAGGAGCUGCUCUCACUAUUUUGGUGGCACUGGGACUCUUGUGUUGUUAUGGCAGCCAGCCAAAAGGCAGUUUUGGUAUUGAGCUGGUCAAUGCAACUGCUGUCAUCAUCCUUUUGCUGGUGAAUCUGCUGCUGGUCAAACGACAAGAGCUACUCAAAAGGAGUGAGAUGGUCCGUCGUCUCAAAAGCAUCGUCAUACAGCUUAGUGAUUAUCUUUCCAGUUGGGCAGGGGAAGUGACGUGGCCUGCAUCCCUUUACCCUGAUUUGUAUACACCCUCCUCACCAUCAUGGUCUCUUCAUUGGACAUACCGUGACUCCCAGUUGGUCAAUCUGCCUGUCAGUCUGCUAGUGGAAGGAGAUGUAAUUGCUCUGAGACCUGGGCAAGAAGCAUUUGCAUCUCUCCGAGGAAUAAAGGAUGAUGAACACAUUGUAUUGGAACCCGGCGAUUUGUUCCCUCCUUAUUCUCCAUCGCCUUCUGCACUAGCCAAUGAGAAAAGAGGACCCCAGCCACAGCAACAUCGUCUCUUCAGAGUUGUCAGGACUCCAGUUCUAGACACAGUAAGAAAUUGUUUGGAGUUGGCAGGGUCUCGGCCAAUCACAGUCUUAGACAAUGAGCGUUUUACAGUGCAGUCAGUCAUCACCAAGCUGGUCUGUCCUGUGGUGCUGGUGGCUUUCCUGCUGGUAAACGCUGUACGAUACUUUUGUGACGCGCCCAACCUCACCCCCGCCAGCUACAAUUUCUUGCAGCUUCAGUUGAUGGGUGUGCUGCCUGUCUUACCACUGCUAUUCCCCAUCAUGUGGGUGCUGGUGAACGCCUUUGGAGAGGCCAGGGUCCUUGCCGAAUUCAGCCAUGUAUCUCCAGCAGGACUGCCCGCAAAAUUUUCAGAGGACACUCUAAGCAGCUACACAGAAGUUGUUUCCUCCAAGGAGAUGAUACUUUGUGUGUGGAGACACUUUGUUGGUGUGCUGAAGGGAGCGUCUCAGACUCUUUGCUACUCUUCCAGCCUUUUACACACUCUUGGAUCUGUCACGGUAUUGUGCUGCGUGGACAAACAGGGUAUCCUGUCGUGGCCUAACCCUAGCCCCGAAACCGUGCUGUUCUUCAGUGGACGAGUGGAACCACCUCAUAAUAGCCAGGAAGAUCUAAGAGAUGACAUGUCAGUCAACUCCUACUGCAGAAUGGAGACAUAUGAAGACAGAGAUGAGGCCCAAGAAGCUCUACUUUGUCAACCAGCAGAGCUCACCACCCAUCUUGGGGAAACAUAUGAACCCAGUGAGAUAACUCGUUCAACAGACACACUAAGGCUUCAGCGGUCUUACCAACCUGUAAAUACUCGCACCAAACACAACUCUGGAUCCAACGUGAGCUACAGCCGUGACACAGAGGGAGGCGAAGACCAAUCCCAGGAAUUUGGAAUUGUCGGCCAAGAAGCGGAGGAAGAUGAUUUUGUGUGCGACUACCACCUGGAAAUGUUGAGUCUUUCCCAAGAUCAGCACAACCCUGCCAGCAUUCAGUUUGAUGAUCUCUCAUGGCAGUGUCACUUGCCUUCACUCAAGCCACUGGGCCUCAACAUCAUGCUUAACCUCUGCAACACCAACGUCACCCAGCAGCUUUGCCGCUUCUCUGAUCAUUUGUCUAACCUGGCAAUGCAAGAGAGCCAUGGCAAUGUGCUGCCGGUUUGUGUUCCUUGGGGGCUCUGUGAACUCUCCAGGCUCAUAGGAUUCACUCCUGGUGCAAGGGAGCUUUUUAAACAAGAGAGCCAUUUGGCUCUUUAUCAGAUGCCAACUGGAGAAAAUGCUAAAGAUCUGCCUUCGCGACGCCUGCAUUACUUCACAAAGCGUCAACCGCCUAUCUCCCACCUUCUAUCCCUUUUUGUACGCGACUCUUCCUCUGAUAACAUCCAGAUGCUGUCUCAUGGUACAGCUGACCUGAUCUUAGAGGCCUGCACUGAUUUUUGGGAUGGAGCUGAUAUUUAUCCUCUCUUAGGCUCUGACAGGAAAAAGAUUCUGGACUUUUACCAACGUGCCUGUUUGUCGGGUUACUGCUCAGCCUUUGCCUAUAAACCCAUGCAAGUUUCAUUGUCCAACCAAUUGAAUGGGAAGUGUGUGGAGCUGGCUUCUGGACCCUGUCUAUUCUCAGGAUUGGAGCUAUCCUUCACGACUCCCAUCAAGCACAAUUCCUGUAGGAACAGUUGGAGCUCAGAUGGAAUGAUCUCUGGGAUCACUACCGCCCUCUACCACCAGGAGGCCGGAUUACUGCGAGCCUCAGACAAAGGAAUUGGCGAUGGACUGGAACGUGAUGAUUGUGUGCAGGCCCUCAGCGGACAGAUAUUCAUGGGCAUGGUGUCAUCCCAGUUCCAGGCUCGUCUGGACACAGUCAGGCUCAUUGAUGCGCUGAUCACUGCUUGCAUUCGUUUUGUUUACUUUUCCAUGGAGGAUGAGCUUCGUAGUAAGGUUUUUGCAGAAAAAAUGGGCUUAGAGACAGGCUGGAACUGUCAUAUCUCACUGACUUCAAGUGGAGAUGGUCCCUGUGAAGGAGUUCUUUCUAGCCCCGGUCAUGGCUGCCUUCAUGAAGACCUGAAUCAAGAUUCACGAGAUGAAGCAGAUGGUCCACUGCUGCCAGAUGAAGAAGCCCAUUCUGACCUGGCGAGCUUCCAGCCCACAGAUAGUGAUGUGCCCAGCUUUCUUGAAGACUGCAACAGGGCAAAGCUUCCCCGUGGCAUUCACCAAGUCCGACCUCAUUUGAAGAACAUUGAUAAUGUUCCUUUAUUGGUGCCACUUUUCACUGACUGCACUCCUGACACCAUGUGUGAGAUGAUAACGAUCAUGCAAGAGAACAGGGAGGUUACGUGCUGUUUGGGAAGUGCCGCUAAUUUCCGCAACAGCCGCCUGUUCCUACAAAGUGACCUAAGUAUUGCCCUGGAUCCACUUUACCCAUCUCACUGCACACGGGAGACAUUUGGUUAUGCCACAUGCAGUCCUUUCAGCAGUAACACAGAAGAUCUGUCUCCUCUGAGACUCUCAGGGCAACUCAACAGUCUUGGCUGCUCUGUCACCUUUCACCAAGGAGAGAGUGUUAGCAUGAUUAAGCUCAUUGAACAGGCACGACACACAACGUACGGCAUUCGCAAGUGCUUCCUGUUCCUGCUUCAGUGCCAGCUCAGUUUGGUCAUCAUACAGUUUUUAGCCUGUUUAGCUCAGCUCCCUCCUCCCAUGAACACCACUGACAUCCUCUGGCUUUCUUGCUUCAGCUGCCCACUGCUAAGCGUGUCACUUCUGGGAAAGCCUCCAGACAGUUCAGUCAUGACAGUUGCCACCGGGAAGAACCUUGAUGCCAUUCCAAGGAAGACUCAAAACUACUUCCUUGGCUGUUUUGUUUUGAAGUUUGGCUUGACAAUCUGUGCUUAUUUGUUGGCCUUUGGCUUCACACUCCAAGAGAUCUGUCUCAGAAGCACAAACGUAACCAUGUUUGACAACACCACUGGAAUGUGCCUGCAUAUACUCACAGCCAGCUCGAAUGACCAUGCUCCUCGUUGGUUUUUUGAACUCUCCAAUGGUUUGCUGUUGACUCAGAAGGUCAUGACUGGUUUCCUAGUCUUACAUACAGUAGUGAUCUCCCUAAGCUACGUCCAUCGUUCUCAGCCUUUGUGGAGAAAGAGUCCCUUCAGCAACACCUGGUGGUGCCUCACUGUACCUGUGGUUCUGCUGAGCCAGAUUGUCCAGGCCACAGUGGAUUACCAGGUCUGGCGUGACCAUGACAGCCUCCUGAACUUUGGACUGGGUGACAUACCUCUGCUCGGAUGGCUGCUGGUGUCUUUGUCCCUUCUGCUGGUCGUGGUGGUCAAUGAGGCAGUCAAGCUGCAUGAGAUAAGGGUGCGAGUUCGCUACCAGAAAAGACAGAAGCUGCAGUUUGAAACAAAACUCGGAAUGAAUUCUCCAUUCUGACGACGAUGAUGGCGAACUACCACUGUUCUACUAAUUUACCAACAGCCGAAGAAUGGCAGCUUAACGCUAACUGAAAAUACAAUCAUCCACAGCAACAGACACAAAAGGUCUCAUUUUUUUAGGUUUUAUUACAAAUAUCUAAGCGAGGGUCUGUUCUUUUGCUGACUUUUCACCUGACUACUCCAUUUUAUGACAUGCAAUGUGAAAGAUGGUUUUACUGUAAGAACGUUUUAAAGAUGUUUUGUGGUUUAAGGGAACAUGGCCACUUAGUUGUUGUCACCUUGUCCUUUAAUCCAUUCCAAUACUUUAUUUAUAGCACAUUUUUAUAAUCAAAGAAUGUAAACUGAUCAGUCCAAGAUACAGAUAAUGAAUACAACAAUAAGCAAGCAUACUUAAAAUACAAAGAGGGUGAAAUCCAAUGAUGAUUUUGUUUUUUUGUUUCUCACGAAUUGUGACACAUUGAAUUGAAUUUAAUUGAAUAACUUUAUUUGAUUAGGACAAUGCAUAUUGAUCAUCCUAUGAGCAAUGCAUCACAGUAAAUAUGACAGAAUUAGCUAUGAUAGCUAGAUUUAAUCUGUUGUCCAAAGGCAAGCACCAUAAAAACCAACACACAUUUACAUGUCGUACAUACUGUACAAUACAAGAUGACUUACAAUAAAUAUUGGCAAUAAAACAAGUCAACAUAAUAUUGAAAAGCUAAGAACUAUGUUAUUUUACUAGUAUGCAAGCCCAAGUAAUUUGUUAAUGUUACAAAGAUAUCCUUUUGAAAGAAAUCUUCUUUUGAAAAAACAAUCUGUGUCUUGUCAUGUGGCCGUGUCUUGUAAAUAAAAGUUUUUUCAGCUGCAAAUGUCACGUUUGAAUUCAAUUAAAAUA